AUGCAAAGAGAGAUUGUUAGACCUUACAGUAAGUCAAAAAUACCGCGACUGCGAUGGACCACCGAUCUUCAUCAAUAUUUUGUCCAUGCUGUUGAACAACUCGGUGGCGAAAAGAGAGCGACUCCUAAAAAGAUUUUGAAGUCAAUGGGUGUGAAAACAAUCACAAUAUCGCAUGUGAAAAGCCAUCUUCAGGUGUAUAGGAACAUGAAGCAUGAAGAGUCUAUACAAGCAAAAAAUAGAAUGAUACGGCAACUGAGAUGGCGGCAAACUCAACAAUACCUUCGAAUCUAUGAACGUCUUCGAGACGCAACCAAGUUUAUGCAUAGCCAACAAAGGCUACAAUGCAAUAUUAAUGAAAAGAUAAUCGCAUUUCUGAAAUUAAGUAACAAAAUUAUGGAUGUGCCUUAUGCUGAUGAUGAUGUGGCUAUUGCUGUUGAUGGUGCAAAUGAUCCUUUAAACUCAAAAGUUUUGAAGGAUGAAAAAAAAUUGUCCCUUGAACUUACUCUUGGUCUCAAGUACUAA